AUGUCGCUCUACUCAUGGGAGCAACCCGCGCCGAAACCACGCUACUACGCUCAGGCGCUGUCUGUAGAGGACCUGAAAGCGCUCGCACGAGGCGAGAAGAACCACAACCUCCAAGAGUGGUCGGACGAGCGCCUUUUCACUCACCAUGGGGAUCGCAGGGGCUUGAUACCCCAGGCCAUGCCCUUGGAAGAGAAGAUCAUCGCGCUCGCGGAGAUUGAGCACGAGAUGCAGCAAAGCCAGCGCGCUGAAGCCAAGACGAAGGAGAAGGUGCGUAAUAAGGUGCACAUACCUCGGAUUAGGAAGACAACUGACAAUAAGAAGGACGAGGAACAUAGUCGCACACAGUUUUGGCAGUCUUCUCAGUCGACAUACGACCUUCGCUCUUCUAUGCUGCCACCUCCGCCGCCUCGGUCAACACCAACUACACAGCCUGAGGAGUACGAAGAGCCGCGCAGCCGUCGGUACUCACACGUUCGGGCGGCUAGCAGCGGAGACUACUUUUACCAGCCAUCCAGCCCUCGCACAAGCGCAUACAACACCCGUCGUAUCUCGCCUCUAGCAAGCUCAUCAGGCCCGUCAUCGUCUAGCUCUUCGAACCAUGUACGUAGCCCUCUGAACCAAGAAGUGCUAUUCCGCGCUAACCCAGAGACGACGUUCAACUCUUUUCUCGUACCACACAAGUCUGGUACGGGUGAGGUUCUUGCAGAGUCCAAGAACGCGAAGAAGGAUAAAACACCGACGGCGAGCCUGAGCCCAAGUCCGAAGGCGUUGGCGAAGGUUAGGCGGUUGACGAAGAUGCCGUCGAUGCCGCUGCUGCGGAAGCGUAGUAGUGGUUCGUAA